ACUGUUAACACCUCGUCUCACUGUAAACACUAGUCCUCUCAAUUCAGGUGUAUUGAGAGUGGAUCUACGUCAGGCCUGGACCGACCCCAUUCUACUUCUGUGUAAGUUACUCCUCUGCGGCCUCAGCCUCUGGGCCAUGGUACAUCAGAGUGUAUCAGCUACAAUAUGAGUGUUACUCCAUCCACAACCCUGGACAGCCAGCUGACUGCCAACUGGAGCCCUACACACUCCUACCCUGAUGUUCCGAUGCUGACAGGCAGUUACACAAGUCGCCUGUGGCAUCGUGACUCCCAGCCUCAGUUCUGGAGUAAGUACCAGGUGUGGGAGUGGCUGCAGCAGGUCAUGGACAUGAACCAGAUCGAUGCCUCCAGCAUUCCCUUCCAAAACUUUGAUAUGGAUGGACAUCAGCUCUGCAGCCUGAGCUACCAGGACUUCAUCCAUGCUGCCGGCAGCGUGGGAUCCAUCCUCUUCCAAAGCAUCACAGAGCUAAAGUGGAGCGGCCAGUACCAUAUGGAACUAGGGCAACUGGACCUCAAACCAGAAUCAAACUUCUCCUGUUCAUUUGCAGACAUCAGUUAUCCACCUGGAGAUAUCUAUGAUCCCUUGAUUCCCCCCCUCGCCCCUGUUGCAUCACCUACCCCAUCCAGUCCUGAUAUUAAAAGGUCUUUCAGUCGUCAGGUCAAAAAACACAACCCAAGGGGGACCCACUUGUGGGAGUUCAUCAGGGACAUUCUGCUGAACCCAGAACGAAACCCAGGGCUGAUCAAGUGGGAGGAUCGUACGGAGGGGGUUUUCCGCUUCCUUAAGUCAGAGGCAGUGGCACUGUUAUGGGGCAAGAAGAAAAAUAACAGCAGCAUGACCUACGAGAAACUAAGCCGGGCAAUGAGAUAUUACUACAAAAGAGAAAUCUUAGAGCGAGUAGACGGACGCAGGCUGGUUUACAAGUUUGGAAGAAAUGCAAGAGGAUGGAGGGAGUCAGACAUGUAACAAUUUCAUUAAUUUAUGUAUUGUUUGAUGUUGUUUGCAAAUAUUAUGUUUCAUUGUAGUUUUCCUUGACGUGUUUGAUAAAAAUGUGUUUGAACUGUUUACAAUAUGUUGAUAGUUGGAUGUUUGCCUUACUUUUAUUUCAUUCCUUUCUUGUGACUGCACUGAGAUGUUCUUUACUGUGCCUUUUUGAAAUACUUGCUUAGAGUAUCAGCAUGACAGCAGCCAAACCUCACACAUUUGGGUUCACAUAACAUAAUACAUUCAGAAUCCUAUUUGUCUUAUAUCUUUUUUUUCAGAUACCAUUAAGUCCCAAAGGAGCAUGUUGAUAGCAUUCAAAACACAUGUGACAAACAGCUGAAUGUUUUGACACUGAGACUGUGAAGUGUCCUUUGGUAAAGGAUGCUUGAUCACUGCUGAAAAAAAGCAAAAUUGAAUUAUAACCAAUUCAAUGUACUCUUGUACUUCAUUCCAUAAGUGGAAUGAAGUACAAGAAUGCAUGAACAAGUGAUAAAUAUUUACAUCAACAUAACAGAAUGGCUGGUCUUAUUUAGUUCCUUUUAUAUUUUGCAUUCACUGAGCUUUAAUGAAAGUGUGUAAAUAUUUGUUGACGUUUGAUAAAAAAUAAAGUUCAUCAUUGUUUUU